AUGCUUCAAUGGAGCCUCAAGAAAUCUAAAAAGUAUGACACAGCCUCAGGUUAUAACAUUGCUUACCUAUUUUUUCACCCUCCAUUAGAGCACUGCCCUGACAACAUGAAGCAAAAGCAUAUUUGGCAGCACUUGGGGAAGCUGAAAGUCACUCCCAGCGUGAAGAUGUUCCUCUGGAAAUGCCUCCAUGGUCGAAUUCCAGUGCUAGAACUCAUCCAUCGCAGAUUUCCAAGUACAAGUCCUCUUUGCCCUUAUUGUCACACACAAUCAGAGUCAAUCACCCACUGCCUAAUUACAUGCAACAAAGCCCAAGACAUUUGGAGUAGAAGCCAGAUUUACCUGCACCUUCCACAUCCUACCGGUGACCAGUUCUUUGAAUGGUGGCAAGAAUUGAAGACAAAGCUUGAGUGGCAACAUGAUGGAGAGAGGUUGAUGGGUCUUGUGGCAAGUAUCUGUUGGAACAUAUGGAAGGCAAGAAACCUUUGGGUCUUUGAGCACACAAACCAAAUGCCGGAAGAGACGCUUCAAAUGUCGGUAACCCUGGCACAACAGUUCACUUCUCUAGCCUAA